AUAGUAUGCAUGCACGGGUUUUAUUAUUUUCUUAAUUUUAAUUAGGAUUUAUUUUAGUAAUUACAUUACAUUGAACUGGAGAGCACAUCUCUUCCGGGUUAACGUUUACGCGCUUGCGUCAUCACGUAUAUAAAUACGCUCGUGGCCCAGUGGGCGGAGUCAAACCGACAUUCUCACUAGUGGCGCGAAGUGAAAAUUUGCUUAAAAUUUAACUUCUUGUCAUUGUAGAACCUGUAUUUUGAACUAAUUAGUACUUUAAACCCAUAUGUGAUAAGUUAUUAUAUUUCUGGGCGCUAUUUUAUUCGCUUUUUUAGCCAAAACGGUGAGAGGCGUUAGCCAGUUAGCUAGCUGUGUGAACUCAGAGGCGUUAGCCAGUUAGCUAGCUGUGAGAGCUGAGAGGAAAUUGGACAGUUUUUGAUAAAUAAAGUUAGAUAUCAAGCGACAUCUGAGGUAAAUAUUAAGGACAGUGUAACCGUCAUCCUGUUUAGUGUUUAUUUUAACAGGAAGGUAAAAUGGCGGCUGUAGACAUAGACGUCGUGUAUGAGAAGAUUCACCACAGACACGAUCCGCGGUGGUGCGCGCGCGCGGGACCCGGACGUGACGUAGGAGCGGGCGCGAGGGCGAGCGUCAGGGUGUGUGUCGCGUGCGUCAUCGAGCUGAUUGACAGCCAGGAAGUGUCUGCGGUGCGUAAGGCGGUGGCUCUGGCGGGUGUAGGAGAGCUGCUGAAGACUGAAGGAGUGAUGAGGGAAAUCCUGCAGCAGGACGACCGAGUGUGUGUACAUUUCACCUCCUCAUUACUCAAGAUGCUGCAGUGUGUGGAAGAUCCUUCUACGCUGGACAGGGUGAUGCAGGUGCUGGUUCAGCUGUUGUUGGAUCUGAAGGUAGAGCAGUUAGUGCAACACGUGAUGAAUGAGCUCCAAACACAGCUGUGUGAUGUGAAGUGGUUGGUGGUGUGUGUGAUGUUUCUGGGUAAGCUGCUGGAUGCUGUUCCUGCAGUAGGCCACAUGCUGAGCACCUCACACUUGUGUGUGCUGGAGAGUGUGUGUGCGCGGAUGGUGAGUGCGGAUGAGGAGCUGAAGGCGGCGGUGUGUUACGUGUUCCGUGGUGUGUGGGAGUCGGAGCUGGCGCUUCAUUCUCUGCCACACACACUCAGGGACAGAGUGUGUGUGUUCCUGCUACACACACUCACACACGCCUGCUCGCACCAACUCAUCAUCAACUGCCUCGGGCUGCUGUUACUGAUGCUGCGUUCAGGAGAGACAGUGUGUAUUCUGAUGAAUCAGGGAGAAGAAACACAGCAUCCAGAGCUCCAACACUCUUCACUACCACUCAUAUUAAAGAGGUUGUUGUUGAGUGGUGAUGAGUCUCUGCAGGUGGCCAGUGUUCAGUGUGUGUGUGCUGUACUGAAUCACUCCACUCAGUACUGCACCUCCUUCAUACACGACGACAUACCAGAGUUCCUGUUUGAGCGCUUGAGCAGCAGUAACGACGUGCUCCUGUGGUGUGUGUACAGCUGUGUGUUGCUGCUGUGUGAAGACUCGCUGUUUUUCUCGCAGUGCCACUCGGUUUACGGGAUCGAGUCUCUGGUGCGCAGUCUGAAGGCAUCACUGAAGCUGUCUAAUGUGGAAGUACCGAAACAGGGCCUACAGCUGCUUACAGUUAUACUGGAGAAGCAGCCGGCAGGUGUGCGUCUGUUCCCGAUUGGUCCAGCGUUUGUGGGUGUGGCUGAAGUGGUGAUAGGGGGCGUGGCUUCACCCUGUCUCAGAGUAGCCACCCAGGCAGCACGAGCAGCUACUGCACUGAUGAAGAUGCAUCACCAGUCCACUCCAGUGCAUUAUGGAGAAUUAAAAAAGAUCAUGGAGGCUUUGUCAUGCAGAUUCACGGAGUUACCAUCACGGGCCAUCUCACAACGCAGAAGGUGUUUUGCAGAUUCUGAGUCCAGUUCUCAGUCUGCCAAAGCAGGAGCGUUUUUUAUGCAGGCACUGGUCUGCUUUCAUGAGGCCUGCAGGCUGGUGGAGGAGUGUGUGUGUGAGGCCAAUGUGAAGGAAAGUCCUUUAACAGCAGCAGACCAGCAGAAUGAGGACACACUGGAGUCUGUGUGUGUGUGUUUGCUGAAGUGCUGUGAUACAGCGUACAUUCCUACAGUUACUAGAGUGUGUGAGCGCAUCCCCAGUCCUCGGGUUCUGCAGCUCUUCCUCUCCAUUCUCUCUGUGCAGUUCUCUCUCUCGCCCUCACUCAUGCCUGCCUUUGCCAACAAGCUUGCCUCCUCAGGUUUCAUUAGACUGACUCUAGAAAACAAGGCUCUUCUGUGUUCAGGAAACAGACACACAUCUCUAAACAUAGCUUGCUGUGGUUUUCUUCUGAAACUCUGUAUGUGUUUACUGUCUCAGCCUGAUCUGGAGACCCACAGCCAGCACCUAGGUGUUGAGGAGGUGGAGUGUGUGUUGCGUGAGUGUUUGCCCUCUCUGUACUAUCAUGUGUGUGAUUGGCCAUCGGUGCUGAGCGAGGUUCCAGUAGCUAAUCAGAACACACGGUACUGCUUACUGCACCUGCUGUAUCUCUCACUGAUCCAUGGUGACAGGUUGCUCCCGGAUGCUACAGUGUUCUCCAGUGUAGUAGAGUUUAAUAGCGCAGUAGUGGAACAGUGUGAUACUCUUCCUCCAUCAGUACUGCAGUCAGUUCUUUAUCUGCUGUCAGAAACACAGGAGAGCAGCUCUGAUCUAGACUGGCCUUCUCUGAAGAGCAUCAUCAAGUUCCUGUCAUCCACACCUCCAUCCUCUUCUCCUCUGUCCGUCCCUCAUCCCUCACUCCUGCGCUUCAUCUUCCGUUACCCCGAGCUGGCCGAGCGGUUUGGGACGACGGUUCUGAUCGGGUGGCUGAAAAGAGGGAAAGGUGGAAAAGAUCUGGAUCCUGAGCAGACAGUACUGAUGGAGCUCCUGGAGAAGAACCCUUCUGUUCUGUUAACAAUGCUGGGUGUGGUGUUUGAGGAGGAGGAGGAAGUAGCUGAGUGUGCAGUGAGUGUGAUUAAGAGGUUUCUGACGGUUCAGCAGAACUGUAGCUCUGUUUCUCCAUCACUGCUCAAAACAUCACUGCUGCAGGUACUGCCGAAACUCAACUGGGAUAGCAGCACAGUAGUCCGUGGUGUGUGUCUGAUGUUGGAGGUACUGUGUGUGGUGCAGACGAACUCUACAGUUCACACUGAUAUGGACCACACUGACUUCAAACUGCUGUAUCACAUCAGUAAUCUUGUUGGAAAGAUGAAGUGCAGUAACACAGAAUAUCUGCUACCGGCAUUAAACUACCUUUACUGCUGUCUGGCUCUGUCUCCUACACACACUGCUGACCGAGUUGUAUCCAUGUUGCUGUGUAACACAGGUCUGAUGGAGUUAUUACAGACUCUGCUGGAUCUCUCUCAAUCCUCCUCAUCCUCAUCUUCAUCACCUUCAUCACCUUCAUCACCUGUCAUCUGCUGCUCCCUCCUCUUGCUCAGCUCCCUCAUUACUCUACAGCACACACACUCUGCACAGGUCCAUAAGAGUGUGUGUUUAGAGUUAGAGAGUGUUGUGAGAACCCUCAUGUUCUGGAAGAGACAUACUGACAGCCUGCUGCUGGGGUGUACAGUGCGUCUACUGCAGGCCGUGUUGGAUGUGGACCUGUGCUCUCCUGUAGUGUGUGUGUCAGAGUGUGUAGAGCUUCAUCCUCUCAGCUACAGAGGAGCAAUCAGCUUCACCACAGCACUGCAGAGUCUACUGCUGCAGAAGCAGGAGAUGCUCCUCAGUGCGUCUGUGAACUGUCUGAACUCACUCAUACGCUUCCUGAACAGAGGGAGACCAGCUAUAGUUCAGCAUGUGGUGUGUCAGCCCUGGAAUCGUUUCUUGCUCUACUCUCUGCUGAAUUCAGGCGAAUAUCUCACACUGCACCCAGCAACACUCCGCUUACUGACUCUGCUGGUUCGUUGGUCUGGAGACGGAGUACAGUGGGAGUCGGACGUUGUGUGUGUGUGUGAAACUGCUGAGAGGAGAGGAGUGAAGGAGUUGAGAGGGAACACCAUACACACUCUUAAACGCCUGCUGAUUGAGUGCAGUGAGUGCUCUCUGAGUGAAGAUGUGAAACUGAGAGUGGAGAGUCUGUUAGAGUCCCUCGACCAUCUGCGUCCUUCAGAGAGCAGCACGGGGUGUUUACUUCGAGUGGGACGGUUAUCCAUCUGCCUUGAUGACUUCACUGUGAAUCACUAGCUUUGUACCCCACACACACACACACACACACACACACACACACACUUUAGUGAAACACAGGCACUCAGACUGUGUGUACCGUCAGGAAGGAGUUUACUGCUUAUAACAGAUUUCAUUCACACUUAUUCUUCUUUAUAUAUAUUUAUAUUUGUAAUGUUAUCGUGGUUGUUCUGUUUCUAUAAAAACUCUUCUUCAGUGUCAGUUUAAUAAUCAUCACACACUCACCACACACUCACCACACACUCACCACACACUCGUCUCUAACACGUGUGAGUGAAGUCUCAGUCUGUAAAGACUGAAUCACACACGUGUCUCAGCGGAGGAUCGUUACUGCCGUGAUGGAGGGGUGCGUUUCUUAGAUUUCAUUAUUAUGAGUUAUGAGUUCAGUAACUCGACAUAAUGAUAAAUAAAGGUCAGAUAAUAACUCUAACACAAACGUUUAUAAACGUGUUAUACACAGACACACGCUGAAUAGCUGAAUGUUCUAAAACAUGAAUAAAAAAUAAUAUAAAUAAUAAGUGAAAGCAUGAUCGAACGAAAUACAGUGUGUUAAAACCAAGAGAUUGCUUUUGUCAAGGUGAAUAAUUCACUGUGUGUGUGUGUGUGUGUGUGUGUGUGUGUGUGUGUGUGUGUGUGUGUGUGUGUCACAUAACCUGAAGCACAUUUAUGCUUGGGUGAAGUUUUUAUUUUCCACAAAUCCAUUAAGCAAUAGAUUUUAUAUAUAUAUAUAUAUAUAUAUAUUUAAAUUGAUUCAUUCUUCAUUUAAACUAAUUGUAAAGUUAAAGUAAACAUUUGCUGCAUGAGUAUAUCAUUAUGCAUGACGUUGUGCACACAAUUAUUUCUUCACUGAUCAUCUAGAAAGUAUUAACACUUAAAAGAGAUCAAAACUUUACCAAACAGUAUCACAUGUAUUUAAAAAUAAAUAAAUGAAUAAAUAAAUAACAGUCUGUGCGGAAUGAGAG